AUGCAAACUAUUAAUGAUCCAAAUGAAUGGAUAGAAGAUGCAAUUUCUAAGAAACAUAUUAAAUAUUACAAAUAUGAAGAUUUUCGUGAUGUUCAAAAAAUUGGUAGUGGUAACUUUGGAAAAGUUUAUCGAGCAAAUUGGAAGAAUUUGGAACAAUAUUUCGCAUUAAAAUCUUUAUCUAACCUUGAUAAUAAAGCUAUAAAAGAAGUUGUUAAGGAGAUUGAAAUUCAUCGUGACGUUCAUUUUCAUAAUAAUAUUAUUAGUUUUUUUGGUAUUACAACUAAAGGAGAAAGUCAAAAUGGUCAAUUCAAAAAAUAUUUGUUAGUAAUGGAGUAUGCCAAUGCUGACGCCGUAUCAUGCUUACACCAAUCAGACAUAGUUCACCGUGAUUUGCAUUCUGGUAAUAUAUUGAUAGAUCGAGGUAACAUUAAAUUAGCAGAUUUUGGAUUAUCAAGGAGAAUUGAUGAAGUAUCUAGAGCACAUUCAACAAAUUCAAGUUUAUUUGGCAUAAUUCCUUAUAUUGAUCCAGAGAAAUUGCGUAAUCCAAAAUAUUCUUUAAAUAAAAUGAGUGAUGUUUACAGUAUUGGAAUACUUUUAUGGGAAAUUUCAAGUGGUCAUCCGCCAUUUAAAGAUGAAUCAUAUGAUCUUUCUUUAUUUAUACAAAUAUCGCAAGAUUAUAGAGAAACAAUUGUUCCGGGCACUCCUAUUGAUUAUUCUAAUCUUUAUACUGAAUGUUGGAAUGGUGUCCCCGAUAAUAGACCAACUAUGGAUCAAGUAGUUGUUAAAUUAAAAACAACUCUUGCAAAUUCAAAUAUAACAACAGAGAAUGAUCAAACAGAUAAAUUAAAUUCUAAAUUACAAAAUGAACAACAAGUUAAUGAUAAUAUACCAAAUACUACCGAUUCAGUGCAUGGAGACUUAUCUCAAUUUAUUAAUAAUUUUCAUAAAAUGGAUAUUAAGGAAACCACAUCUCCAACUACAUCAAUGGACGUCAAUGAAAACAUAUUUGAAGAGGAAUUAAGAAUAGUAGUCGACGAAUUAGUUAAUCAUUAUUUAAAGGAAAUAAAUGAAGGAAAAGAGAGAAAUGUGAGAAAGCAACAUAUUAUCGAUUAUGUUAAUAAUCACAAUUCACAAGAAAUGUAUAAUUGGCUUCUAAAUAAUCAAAAUAAUCCAAAUAACAUUUUUAUACUUGGAUAUUUUAAAUAUCAUGGUAUUGAAACUAACACUGAUAAAAGAAAAGCAUUUGAAUUGUAUCAAAAAGCAACAAAAUUAAAUAAUAGUGCAGCCCAACACGAGCUCAUUAAUAUAUAUACCUACGAAGAUGAUGAAUAUAAAAAUUACGAUAAAGCUUUUGAAUUAUCGAAAGAAUUGGCAGAAAAGGGUUAUCCAGGAGGGAUAAGUAGGUUAGGGUAUUGUUAUGAUCAAGGAAUUGGAACUGAAAUAAAUAUAAACAAGGCAUUUGAAUUAUAUCAAAAAGCGGCAAAUUUAGGACAUAGCAGUUCUCAAUAUAAUCUUGCUGAUAUGUAUUUAUAUGGAGAUGGUGUUAAUAAAGAUCAUAAUAAAGCUUUUGAAUAUUCUGAAAAAUCGGCGGAAGCAGGACAUUCAGGUGGAAUACGUAUGUUAGGUUAUUGUUACGAUUAUGGAAUUGGAACUAUUAGUGAUAAACAAAAAGCAUUCGAGUUAUACCAAAAGGCAGCAAAUUUAGGAAAUAAGGAAGCCCAAUAUAGUCUCGCUAUCAUGUAUGAAGAUGGAGAUGGAAUAGAAAAAGAUAUUAGUCAAGCGAUUCAUUGGUAUGAAAAAUCUGCCGAACAAGGAUAUCAAGAAGCUAAAGAGAAAUUAGAGAAAUUAAUUUAA